UCUCUCUCUCUAACUUUCCCCUUAAUAUUUGGCUUCAGCUAGGGUUUCCUCUUUGAAAACAACAGAAGAAUCCCAAUAAUUGAAAAUCUUCUUCAGAUUCAUCUCCCCAAUAAAGAGAGAAACAAAGAAGAUUAAACCAUUCUGCGUAGAUAUCAAGGGGAACUUUUUCUUGUUGCUCCAUCAGAAGAAAAAUCAGGGGAAGUUAACCAAAUAUGGCAUCAUCGUACUCAAACUACAUAAACUCACCGUGCGCGGCAUGCAAAUUCCUCCGGCGGAGAUGCACAUCAGACUGCGUGUUCGCACCAUACUUUCCUCCAGACGAACCUACAAAGUUUGCGAACGUCCACCGUAUAUUCGGGGCUAGCAACGUGAGCAAGAUUCUCCACGAGGUGGCGCCACAUCAACGAGAAGACACGGUGAACUCGCUGGCUUACGAGGCGGAGGCACGGCUAAAUGAUCCAGUGUACGGCUGCGUUGGGGCCAUCUCGGUGCUCCAAAGACAAGUCUUGAAGCUGCAAAGGGAACUAGAGGAGACGAAUGCUGAUCUCAUGAGGUACGCUAGUUCUCUUGGUGGUGAAAUGACGUCGAAUUAUGGAGGACAGAGAGGUUGACUGGUCAAUUAGUCAUCAUCACUCUUUGGAAGAAUUAGCGGCGGAGAAGUAUAAAGGGACAGUGAACGGUUGAUGUGAUGAGUGAGGAUAUCUUCGUAUGUGUGUGUAUGUUUUUUCUACGUUUAUACUUAUACACGUGUAAUUUGAAUUGUAUUACAUGGGAGGUCAAAGGAUGCUUUUGAAUACGUUGAAUAAGUAACUGAUGUGCGUAUGAAUGGAUGUACGCGGUUGUGUUGGGUGCUUAAUAUUAAUUUUCAAGUCA